AUGUCGCGAUGGGAAAGGAAGGAUCGGGUUGGUGAACCAUUGCCACUCACUGGAUCGUUCGCUGCUGUCGGCAUACUGUCCCAGUCAGUUCACGAUGCACAGCCGGUGUGUAGUGAUUGGGACCUGAGGAAUGAGGUGUCGUUCGCGUUGAUACGACAAUCCGACCCGAUCGGUUCUGAUGGUCCCGAAGAUGUUUGGUUAUAUAACAGGUCAGUGGAACUUCAUAUAAAAGAGGACCAUCAUCCAUCAGAGCAGCGUAAAACAUAUGAAGAGGUUAUUUGUCACCUUGAAAAUGUUGCUCAUUUCAGCGGUACGCGGCCGUUAUUUAUAAGCAUGACAGCUUCAUCAUCAAAACCGGAUACGUUACGACGUCUCUCACCGGGUUACUGUAUUCGUGUUCACAAAGGGGAAGCAACAGCCAGCGCUCCGGCCAGUGAACGAGCCCUUCAACUUCAUCGGAGGAUGAGUUCG